AUGAGCUGUGCAAAUCUCGUCGUGGAGGCAUGGACAUCUUGGGCCAUAGCCGUCGUGUUCAUUGCAGUGAGAAUCUCUGCACGAGUCUCGAAUCUAGGAUGGAGACAACUAAAGUUGGAUGAUGGUUUAAUGUUUGCCGCUUUGUUCGCAUAUACAGCUGAAGCAACCUCAUCAUACUACCUCGUGGCUCGCUGGUUAGGCUAUUCGAAUAGUGGAAUGACUGAAUUGGAGCGUCAGACUCUUGAUCCUCAUUCUCUAGAAUGGUUGUAUCGAGUCAAUGGGGCCAAAACUCAUAUUUGGAAUUGGGUAACCUAUAUUUCGUUGAUGUGGUUACUAAAAGCUUGUUGGAUCACCUACUACGCUCGUUUGAUUUCAGCUGCUCAAAAAAGGUCAUUGAGACGUAUCACUGUAGGAUAUGUGGUGUUGGGUGUUACAUAUCUAUCAGCUAUUCUGGUAGUUUUUUGUAAAUGCAUGCCAGUGAAGAAGCAAUGGCAAAUUUAUCCAGAUCCAGGAAAUUCAUGUUAUUCUGGCCAUUCUGUCUUUCAAAUGGCUUUCAUCAUGUCUAUUAAUACAGUAACACAUAUGUAUAUCAUGAUUAUACCUCUUCCCACAAUCCUUGGUACCAAGGGCAUGUUAUCAUAUCAAAAGAUAUUCCUUCUCGUUCUUUACAGUGGAGGAUUUCUCGUCACCGUCUUCGGAAUCCUACGUGGUGUUUCUAUCUUGACCGUAAGUCCUGGCUCCGACGUAACUUUCCCAUUCUCGUUUCACCAACCUUCUUCCCCUCCCAAAUCUAUCCGAAGACUAAUCCACCUCGAGACCUUAGGCACAGCCACAUCUAGCGGACAAUGGUCUCUUCGCGAAUCAUUUCUCGCAGUUCUAGUAACCAAUCUUCCAAUCCUCGCUCCAGUCAUCAAAUGCUUCUCCCAACAAGUCCGUGAUCAAUCCACGAAAAUCUCAUCACAUACAGGAAGUUCGCCUUUUCGCGAGGAGGAGGUCGAAAUGGGCGAAUUGAAAUUGAAUCACGAAAGAUCCCGAUCGAGAGGGAGAAAACAAUCUUUAGUACCCAGGAUCAAAGAGAUUGGAACUGGGGAAUGGGAUGAUGAUGAGAUUGUUAUGGUUCCCAAAGCUACACUCGGGGGAUCUUACAUGGGCUGUAGAAGUCCGGCGCCGAGUGAGGAUGAGAAGGGAAAUUAUUUCCAGUCUCGUUCGCACACGUCUACUCCUAAUGGCGACGCGAGCUCGAAAGAAGAAUUACAACAGCGAUUGGACUUAGUACCGAAGAAGGAAAAGAGUAAUAUGAGAACGACGAUUCAAGCGGGCUAUGGAAAUCAUAAUCGCUGGAAUUGGAGUUGGGAUGAGAGGAAAGGUGGAGGGGGGGAGGAGGUAGAAGAGGGUCAGAUUAGAGUGGUGCAGGAAUUUAGAUUCACGAAUAGUGCGAGCAGUGUAUAUGGGGGGCCUGUUGCUGGACGAUAG